GUUUUAUUGGUGUCCAUGGCCGAGUACCAAGCAGUGAUCCUCGCCGGCGGGUCGGGCGUCCGCCUCUACCCGCUCACGGAGGAGACGCCCAAGCCGCUCCUGCUCGUCAACGGCAAGCCGCUCAUCUAUUACCAGCUCGCGCUGCUUGAGAACUCGGGCUUCUCGGACGUGCUUCUCGUGACGGCCAAGGAGAUGCUCGACCAAGUCCAGUCGUACGUCCUUGGGCAGUACGACGGCAAGAUCUCGGUGACCGUCGUCGCCGUCGAAGGCGAGGCCACCGAGACCGCCGACGCCCUCCGCGCGGUCGCCGACAAGAUCCGGUCCGACUUUAUCGUGCUCGCGGGCGACCUCAUCACGGACUGCGUCUUGCACAACGUGGCCGACUUGCACCGUAUCAACGAUGCGACCGUGACGAUGUUGCUCAAGCAAGAGGUCGCCGAGGUCCCGACGGCGAAGAGCAAGGCCGCGAGCAAGGAGAAGCCGCGCCGCGACGAAGAGAUGAUCGACUGCAUCGGCAUGGUCGACGCCGAGAACCGGGUCGUGUUUGUGUCCCACUCGGUGUACGAGAACGACGACCUCGAAGUGCCCCGCGCGCUCCUCAAGCGCCGCCCGCGCAUCAACAUGCACACGGACCUCUACGACGCGCACGUGUACAUCUUCUCGCACUGGGUGCUCGACCUCUUGGCGGAGAAGAAGCACAUUGCCAGCAUCAAGGCCGACUUGAUCCCGCACUUGGUGCGUCGCCAGUUCCGCGGCCGCCAAGCGCUCCCCGAGUUGGUCCGCGAUCGCCUCGUGAGCAACCAGCACCUCGCGCAGGACCUCAGCGUCUCAGGCUCGACCAAGGACGACGAAGACGUCCUCAAAGUCUACGCCCACGUGCUCCCGCCCAACGCCUACUGCGAACGCGCCGAUACAAAGGAAGCGUUCAACGCGAUGGAGAAGGAGGUCAAGUCCAAGUGGCGACUCAAAUAGGCAUUCUAAUCCAGCGAUCGCAUUGUCCUU